AUGGUCAUUGCAAUCCUGAGCGGAUUAUAUUCUCAUGAUUGGCUGAAUCAUACGGGAGCUGGCUGGGCCUGCGUUGCAUUCGCCUUCCUAUUCAUUAUCGUCUUCGGUGCUUCGUACGCACCCUUGGGCUGGGCACUCCCUUCAGAGGUUUUCACCACAGCAUCUCGAUCCAAAGCCGUCGCCUUGGCCACCUGUGUCAACUGGCUCUCCAAUUUUGUUAUGGAGUUGGGUACACCUCCGAUGAUGGAAACACAGGGUUAUAAAACUUACAUCUUCUUCACGGUAAUGUGCUUUUUGGCUGGGGUCUGGGCACUGCUAUUGGUUCCAGAGACGAAAGAAAAAACGCUUGAGGAAAUAGACCAUGAGUUCGGAGAUGUGCACGGUCUUGCCGAAAGGGAACUGAUGAGAUUCGCUGUUCAAUCAGUGAGGCAAGGAAUUAUAACAGAAGAACUGAGAGCUGCGGGAUGUCGCGUCAUCCCAUGCCCAAGGUCUAUUCUGGGAAUUCUUGACAGCUUCGGGGUGAAUCUACUAAGUUUCACUACUGGUACCUACCAAGUAUUAUUCUAA